AUUACUGACAUGUAAAGUCUCUAAACAACAGGGUGAUACAGCAGGGUGGUCGACAUGACAAACAAACAAUCACGCUCUAACGCUGAGACAUUUUCACACUACGUAGUGCAUAUCAGAAUAUUCUGGUUUGCUCACAGAGCGCCGGCAAAAAGUCCAUGUACCAUGUUUAAAAAAACAAAAAAACCUCAUGAUAAACUGUGGUUGUGAUUAUGUUCUUUAUUCAGCGUGUACAAAAGAUAUUAUUUGUCAAGUGCAUAUGCACUGAAGCGUGGAUAGCCAGUCUACUGCAUGCAAGAUUCUGAAGCUUGCGACAGAUAAGUGUACACUAAGUAUAAAAUACUGUGUGGGUUGUGGGUGGAGCUUCAAGGUACGAUGGCACGGAUAGAAAUCCACUACCGAGUACAGGAACAUACGAGUGAAGUAGAUCUUAAAAUAAGUAUGCAUACGAAAAUAAGUAGUACGCACACUGAGAAAAUUAAGUAUGCAUACUUCAAAAGGUAGUGUGCGUACUUAAUGACGUAGUGUGCGUACUUAAUGAAUGAGUGUGUGUACUUAAUGACGUAGUGUGCGUACUUAAUGAAUGAGUGUGUGUACUUAAUGACGUAGUGUGCGUACUUAAUGACGUAGUGUGCGUACUUAAUGAACGAGUGUGUGUACUUAAAGUAGUGUUGUAUUCUUAAAUAAAGUAGUGCGCAUACUUGAAAAUUUAGUGUGCGUACUUAAAUUAGGAGUAUGCAUACUCGAAAACAGUGUGUAUUAAAUCCAGAAUGCUUCUAUCUUGCUCGGGUUUUGAUGGACUCCAGUAAGACCCGGGAUCUACAAUUACAUGUGGUCGUCAUGGAAACACAGGAAAAGGACACAAUGAAAGUGAGAAGAAGUUUAAAUGUCGUACUGUACAAGUGCGUUUAGUUUCUUGUUAAAAGUGAUCCCUGACUACGUUUACGUGCGCAUCGAUGUUCUCGAAAUGAAUCCGAAUUGGACAAUGUUCUAAUUAGUAUGGAGUCCUGGAAAUGCCGUAAUCCGACCGCCCGAUUCAGAUUCAGAUUAAAAUCCACUGAAAGGAGAUCUAAGCGCAUGCUCGGUCUGCAAGGAAUUGUGGGUGCUAACAGGUGCUUAGCCGUAGGCUAGGUAUUUAGGAACGGUAUACAGGAACAUUCCUACGCCUGUACGCAUAUAAACAUCGUAUUCGGAAUAAAGCAGCGACCCGAAUAUAGACCUUAAACGGAAUUUGAUGUGCAUGUAAAUGUAGUCAGUGUCCAGGGAAAGCUGAGUGUAGGGUAUAUUGACGUGAGGUUUAUUUCUAACGGAACUGGCGGCUUGGUGCGGAAACCGAGGUGCUUACGACUACAGUUUAGCCGUAGCGUUUAUAAAUUCUGAACGUCGUAUGUUCGUCCUUCCGACGGUGAUAACGGAGACGACUUGAAACUAUGCUUCUUUUCGCUUUUUCCGCUAAAGGCAGAACAAAUGGGAAUAAAAUUCGCCGGGUAAGGGGAAAAAAGACAGUUUUCAGACGGAGAAAAGGACUUGAAAGAUGCACGUUUGGUGCUUGUUGUGUCGUGGUUACUUUCGAUUCGUCACUAGUGUGUUUAUGUGAAUUUUGACCCAGCCUUGGUGUCGUGAGCCGGGAGAAACCGAGUGGGCGGGGCUGUGCUCUGUUCAGUCGCUAAAAAUAGACCGGACUAGCUACUUAUUAUGAAGUUCUUCUUCAUUCUGUUUUCCGAAAGAAAAAAAAAACGCCUCUUGUUCGCUGACACGUGCUAGGAUUAUUUAUUUUUUUGUAUUAAAUUAGUUUCUUUUUCCUCUCUGCCUGCUAGGAUUUUCUUGUUAGCAAUAUUUUCACUGCUGGGAAACGUUGCAUCAGAAUUGCACCGAACAUAUAACUAGUAACCCGUGCGCUCUGACGAAGUGGGCUGACGUGAGCAGGCCUGUUUCUGGAGAUCUGCCUUUCGAGCUCCUCGUUCUAAUGUUCAGAUGCUCUAGAGAUGCUGAUUAGCUGGAUCUGAGUCUGUCCAUCGACUACACCACACAACAACCGUAUUUAAAAAAAGAAAAGAAGAAGCGGAAUAUGAUGAGGAUGAGAUGUGCUCAAGCAAUAAAACUGUAAACCAGUGAAAGUCACUUCCUAAGUGCUUUCCUGACAUCAAUUCCUUUAACUGCCUUUAAGAAGGAUUUUUCUUCUUGGGUGGAAACCAAAACACACACAGAUCAUUUGAGAGAUCACGUGACGUGUAGACGGCCAGAAGGUAGAUGGAAUUAGAGGCCGGGCCUGCUUCUUGACACAGAAGCAUACUUUCAGAUCGUGGGAAUUUUCAAGCCAGCUCGACCAGACAUCGUCGUAUAAAAGCUCUUGCGAGACUCACCAUGCCAGCUCGACUAGAAACCCUGUAACAUAGUCGGAGACAGCUUUCACACUCUAUACGAGUACCACAACGACGAAGAGGGGGACUCAUCUGGGGGUUUUUUGGGGGGCCGUAUCCGUAUCAAACCACAGCUUGGAGUUUAUGGGUGUAAGAGAGAAGAGAGAGAAGAUCUACAGACAUGAAGCAGGGCUUAAUGAAGACAACAUGCUGCAACAGUGUGCAGGGGAGGAGAACUGGGUGGACAGCAGGACAGUGUAUAUCGGACAGAAAGUGCCACCCCCCGGCACUGAGGCCUACAUCCCUCAGAGGUUCCCCGACAACAGAAUAGUCUCCUCCAAGUACACUUUUUGGAACUUUAUUCCGAAGAACUUGUUCGAACAGUUUCGAAGAAUCGCAAAUUUCUACUUUCUCAUCAUCUUUCUUGUACAGUUGAUCAUCGACACUCCCACCAGCCCCAUCACCAGUGGUUUACCACUUUUCUUCGUCAUCACUGUAACCGCUAUUAAACAGGGCUAUGAGGACUGGCUCAGGCACAAGGCGGACAACGCAAUCAACCAGUGUCCCGUUCAAGUUGUCCAAAAAGGCAAAGUGGUUCGCAAGCAGAGUCGCAAGCUGCAGGUGGGUGACGUGGUGUUGGUGAAGGAGGACGAGACGUUCCCUUGUGACCUGAUCCUGCUUUCCACCAGUCGAGACGAUGGCACGUGUUUCGUCACCACUGCCAGCUUGGACGGCGAAUCCAGUCACAAGACCUAUUAUGCAGUUCAGGACACCAAGGCCUUCAAUACAGAGAAGGAGGUGGACCAACUGCAGGCCAUUAUAGAAUGUGAACAACCUCAGCCAGACCUCUACAAAUUUGUCGGGCGCAUCAAUAUUUAUUUGGACCGAGAUGAGCCCAUCGCAAGACCCCUGGGCUCGGAAAACCUGCUGCUGCGAGGGGCCACGUUGAAAAACACGGAGUUCAUAUAUGCUGUGGCUAUCUACACUGGCAUGGAGACCAAAAUGGCCCUGAACUACCAGUCCAAAUCCCAGAAACGCUCUGCUGUAGAAAAAUCUAUGAAUGCAUACCUGGUUGUUUAUCUCUGUAUAUUGAUCAGUAAAGCUCUGAUCAACACUGUCCUCAAGUACGUGUGGCAGGCCGACCCCGACCGAGACGAGCCCUGGUACAACCAAAAAACAGAGACCGAGCGGCAACGUCACAUAUUGAUACGAGCCUUGACUGACUUCCUGGCUUUCAUGGUCCUCUUCAACUACAUCAUUCCUGUGUCCAUGUACGUGACUGUGGAAAUGCAGAAGUUUCUGGGCUCUUAUUUUAUUACCUGGGACGAUGAGAUGUUCGACGAAGAGCUGGGAGAGGGUGCGCUUGUUAACACGUCGGAUCUUAACGAGGAACUCGGGCAGGUGGAGUAUGUCUUCACCGAUAAGACGGGAACUCUGACGGAAAACAACAUGGAGUUUAUCGAGUGCUGUGUAGACGGUCACGUGUACGUACCGCAUGCCAUCUGUAAUGGCCAGAUCAUGUCUGCAGCAGCCAGCAUCGACAUGAUCGACUCGUCACCCUGCAGUGAGAGGAAGGAGCAUGAGGAGCUGUUUUUCCGGGCGCUAUGCUUGUGUCACACGGUGCAGGUGAAGGAGGAGGAGACGGUGGACGGCAUUAAGAAGGGAAUCCACCAGGGAAAAUCUUCGUCCUUCUACAUCUCCUCCUCUCCUGAUGAGGUGGCGCUGGUGGAGGGCAUGAAGAGGCUGGGCUUCACCUACCUGCGACUGAAGGACAACCACAUGGAGAUCCUCAACAGGGAGGAAGAGAUCGAGAGGUUUGAAUUGAUGGAGGUGUUAAACUUUGACUCUGUGAGACGGAGGAUGAGCGUUAUCGUCAGAUCCAGCUCAGGGGACUUCUACCUGUUCUGCAAAGGUGCCGACUCGUCCAUUUUUCCCCGAGUCAUCUCAGGGAAAGUAGACCAGGUCCGAGCUCGGGUAGAGCGUAACGCUGUGGAGGGUUUACGGACGCUUUGCGUAGCGUACAAGAAGCUGAGCCGGGAGGACUAUGAGGAAGUCUGUCAUCUCAUCAACAGCGCUAAGCUAGCUCUGCAGGAGCGGGACAGGAAGCUGGCUGAGGCGUAUGACCUCAUCGAGAGGGAUUUCAUCCUGCUAGGAGCAACAGCUGUCGAGGACAGGCUGCAGGACAAAGCGGCCGACACCAUCGAGUCCCUGCACAAGGCAGGCAUGAAGGUGUGGGUCCUCACUGGCGACAAGAUGGAGACGGCGGCUGCCACGUGUUACGCCAGCAAGCUGUUCCGCAGGAGCACGCAGAUCCUGGAGCUGACCACGAAGAGGACGGAGGAGCAGAGCUUGCACGAUGUGCUGUUCGAGCUGAGCAGGACCGUACUGCGGCACCACGGCACCAUGAGCCGUGACACGUUCUCUGGCCUGUCUAAUGAGUUCCAGGACUACGGGCUGAUCAUCGACGGAGCCACUCUGUCUGCAGUGCUGAAACCGGUGCAGAACAGCAGCACAGGAAACUACAAGGAGAUCUUCCUGGAGAUCUGCAGGAACUGCAGCGCCGUGCUGUGCUGCCGCAUGGCCCCGCUUCAGAAAGCGCAGAUCGUUAAGCUGAUAAAGAUGUCAAAGGAGCAUCCCAUCACUCUGGCCAUCGGAGACGGCGCGAAUGACGUCAGCAUGAUCCUGGAAGCUCAUGUGGGCAUCGGUAUCAUGGGUAAAGAGGGAAGACAGGCAGCCCGCAACAGUGACUAUGCAAUUCCAAAAUUUAAGCACCUAAAGAAGAUGCUGCUGGUGCACGGCCAUUACUACUAUAUCAGAAUAUCCGAGCUGGUGCAGUACUUCUUCUACAAGAAUGUGUGCUUCAUCUUUCCCCAAUUUCUUUAUCAGUUCUUCUGUGGCUUCUCCCAGCAGCCACUAUAUGAUACGGCAUAUCUCACACUGUACAAUAUCAGCUUCACCUCGCUGCCCAUCCUGCUGUACAGUCUGAUCGAGCAGCACAUCAAUAUGGACAUCCUGAAACGGGAUCCUUCGCUUUACAGAGACAUCGCGAAGAAUUCUUUGCUGCAAUGGCCCAUCUUCAUCUACUGGACGUUUCUAGGAGUCUUCGAUGCACUGGUCUUUUUCUUUGGUGCUUUCUUCCUAUUCGACAACACCAGCUUCACCAGCAACGGACAGCUAAUGGCCACAAACACGCAGAUGAUGUUUGGCAACUGGACGUUCGGAACUCUGGUGUUCACAGUGCUGGUAUUUACAGUCACGUUAAAGCUGGCUCUGGACACACACUACUGGACGUGGAUCAACCAUUUUGUCAUAUGGGGAUCUCUGCUCUUCUAUGUGAUCUUCUCACUUCUCUGGGGCGGCAUCAUUUGGCCCUUCCUGAACUAUCAGAGGAUGUACUACGUCUUCAUGCAGAUGUUAGCCAGUGGACCAGCGUGGCUCAGCAUCAUUCUGCUCAUCAUGGUCAGUCUGCUGCCCGACGUGCUUAAGAAAGUUCUGUGGAGAGCACUGUGGCCCACCACCACCGAGAAAAUACAGAUUUACGUUUGCUACGGAUCAGUCCCGAGAUUGCUGGAUGUAAGUGGAUAAGCGUAUGCAGCUCAGGAGGUCCUCGGCUGCAACGUUGCAAUUCUCCUUUUUCACGCUUUUUUUUUUUUUUUUGAAAAAGCAAGUUUUUCCUGCUUGUUUUUUUGGAAGAUGUCCUACAUUUCUUUGAAACGCUCCUAAACUGAAGGCGUGUGCUGCUGUGUUUUCAGACAGAGAGAAUGUAUGCAGCAGUACUGCGUGUGGUUUCUAAUUAACCUGCCUUUUACUCAAACCUUCGCAGCUUUGCAUUAAACUUAUCUGUGUGCUAUAAGGAGGGAUCUGGCUGAAAAAGUUCAAACGUUUGUAGCUACUAGGGCUGAUAAAGAGUUGCACCAAUAUAUUUAAAUACUAAAUGGAAUAUUUGAAUAUUGUUUCAUAGGCAAAGAAAAUUCCAAGAAGUAGAGGUCGACCGACGGGAUUUUACCGAUAGCAAUAACUAAGCUGGGCGGUACCUGCUGAUAACCGAUUAAUCAGCCGAUAGUUUUUAAAAUUGAUACUAAAUGAGAACAUUCUAAAUAUGUGGUAAUUGAUACUAAAUGAGAACAUACUAAAUGAGAACACUCGACGUAAAAUAUUGGUGAACUUUUAUUACAAAAAUAAACAGUACUAACUUUACCAUGAAAAUGUACUGUAUUUUUAAAAAAUGAAAUAAAUACAUCAAUAUUAAUAUAUAUGAAUUAUUAAUAAAUAUUAAAGUAAAUCAAAGAUAUACAUCCAAGAAGUAACACUCCAAAUAACAAAUAAAAAUAAAAACAUCCAAAAUGAAUCAAAACACUUCAAAUAACACAACAAAAUUUGUCAUUGAUAGUUUUUAUUUCACCUCUAGAGGCCGCUCUCAUACUGUAUAAUGACAGUGGACUCUUCUCAGUCACUCGAUUUUUGCCGAUAACCGAUAGUUCCAGCAAUAGAUCGGCGAAACCGAUCAUUCGGUCGACCUCUACCAAGGUUUUAUCAACAUUUCAUCAGAAACAUCCAUGUUCAGUGUUCCAGAUAACCUCUGUUAGUGUUUAAUUAGUUUGAGUUUACAGUUUUAUGUAAAUAUUUUUUUAUUCAAGUCUCUAAAACAGACACAGUUAAACUGAAUCUAAAUAGCUUAUUUACUAUACAGUAUAUGCUCACUACAUACAUUUGCAGUGCCCUAUGUAGUGCACUACAUAGGGCACAUCAUUUAAGACUGAAUUGACUUUUUUUUUUUUUAAAGUGUCUUUUGGAAAUGUACUGCUUUUUAAGAUCUGUACAUUCUCCCUUUAUAUUUUGAGUCGAUGCAUAAUUUAAAAAAUAAUUGUAAAUAAUAUAAUAACCAUUUUUCCAAUGAUGAGGGACAUUUGGCCAAAAAAUGAAAAAUGUGUUUCAUUAGAUUUACAUAUUAGAGGAGAAAAAUAGAACAUGAAAUCUUAAACAAGUUCAAUCCGAGUUGUGGUGUUUGCUUUGUUUUUUUUUUUUUUAAGUAAUCGAACAAAACUCAUUCUAAUAGCCCUAUUAGCUACAAAUUGUUAUUACUGGAUAUAAAUCCGUUGGUCGCAAACCUAUUUCGGGAUAAACUUUUCCACGAUGAACUUUUAAUAAAUUAACAUUAAGUAGUAAUAAACAAUAAGGCUUUACAGCUCGGCUAAUACAUUAUUAGCACAGUCUCUUACUGUAGCUCUAAUCCCUCCCUCCAUGUUAACUGUUCUAAAUCCGUUUUGUCUUCUCCUUUUCUUUUCUCUCCUCAUCUGCCUCUUCUCCUGUGACGUACGACUGCAUCCCUGAACUUGCCCUUUCCCCCAUGUCUUUAACCCCUGAUACUUGACCUUUGCCCCUUGAACCCACGUGGCCGUGGUAACGGCAGACAAAGCGCCAGUGCCUUACCGCCGAGCAGUCCACCAUCUUUAUGCUCUCUCAGACCUCCAGCAGUAUCAGUUUCUGAACUGGGCAGGAGGUGAUCCUUUCACUCUCUUCGCAUGUGUCUGUCUGUGUGUGUGUGUGUGUUUGCGCGAGUGAGUGUGUGUAUGUGUGGAACAAGUUACUGAAAGGUGCCAAGAGCUUCUUACUAGUCAGUUAUGUUUCUGUGUGUGUACAUUUAUAUUGGCCAAUGAUGGAAAAAAAAAAAAAAAAAAAAUCUUUAAAGCAAUGGAGACGUUUUAAUUUAAUGCGUAUUUGAAUUUCAUCUGUAAUGUGGGCCAUUAAUUUGAAUAAUUUUCUGUGGAAAAAUGGAAGAAAUAAAAUAAUAAAUACCUAUGUUGACUUUCUGUCAACAUGAAUAUUUCAGCUGCUUUAUGGAAAUCGUUUGCGGUCUACAAACACAUCUAUAUUUAAUUGCGAUUCCAUCAAUCUAAUAGCCGUGUUCGGCCCUGGAAAUGACAGGCAGGGUUUACUGAUUUAUCGGAAAGGCAUUAGGUGAUGACAUAAGCCUGCUAAGCUCUCAGUAAUGACUGUAAGAAGAGCUCCGGUACCUCAGAGUGACGCUUGUUCCAUUUCUGCUCCUGUGCUUUUUAACCGCAUGCUCUGCUCCGUGUGCUCACAUGCAUGAAGGCGGACAUCUGUGUUUGUGUGUUGGAUGAAUAUGAAACGUGAAAUACGUCCAUUGCGACAUGCAACGCAGCGCUGCAUGGUUACGUGCAAUGUUUUACAUGUCACAUGUUCCCUUUCUUCUGUUUUUGUUUUUAAUGAUGAACCUUUCUGAGCAGGAACAGGUUGAUCUGAAGUUUUGCGUAUUGAAGAAACACUGAGCAAGCAGUGAGGAAAACGUCUCCAGCGCGCAUAGCCUCGUCCUUUAGGCUGAGUCUGUGUCUGUUUGUGUGUGUGUGUGUGUGUGUGUGGCUGUCCACAGAGGAUGAAAGCUGAUAGGACCUUUCUAGCACACAGUGAGGACUCCCUGUUACAUGGGGUUCAGACCACCACUGAGGCAUAACAGCAGCAUGGUAAAGAGAACGAACAGGGGCGUGUACUAACAUCCAGUUCACCAUCAGACCGAUCAAAUCUAAAAUUUGUUCCAGGAGCACUUUAUUUAACACUGCGGUAUUUACUUAGUAUUUAACACACAGAUCUGGAAUAACAUCUAGUACAUGCAUUGCAGGUAGGAAGAAAGGGACGAGUGUAUAUAGCAGCAGUACUCAGACGUGUGGUUUGUGAUGUCACACCCAGGGUGGGAAGCAAUUGUUCAACAGAUAAGCAAAAGUGGAUCCAUGUUACAUGUAUAACUAUGGAAAACAUUAAGAAAUGGGCAAAACAGUUGGUACUUGACUCAUUGACUCAAGCUUUAACUUCCCUUUGAUUUCUAUUAUACAAAUUGUCCCAAAAAAUAUCCGUCCGUACAGGAUUUCAGUGAUUUUUGCGGUGGCUUUUAAAAAAAAAAUUGUGAUGCAAUUUGUGCUUAUUAUUUUUUUGUAGCAAAUGACUUGAAUUGUUGAAAUUGCAAUCGCAUGAAAUUGUUUCGCACGGUCUUUCGCAGUGAUGUCUGUUGGUGAAUGAGACCGUUUAGCUGUACUCGUUCAAACACACGUGACUCGAAGAUGGCUUUGGUUGAAGGCGCGUUGUGAUGUCACGUGAUGCGUCUCGGCCCAAAUCUGCGGUGAUUUCGAAAAAUCGCAAAAAAGUUUGCAUUAACCUCUGUGCUCGCAAAAUCGCGAAAUCCUGGAGGGACUGUUUAAUGACCGCACUUCAUUUAUUUCACCCCAUCAGCAGAAAACAAACUCGCAGCGAAUGUUUUUCAAAAAUAUAUUUCAUUGUGAUGAUUUCGAAGUGCUCAUUAUCGGCGGGGAGUUCUUUACGGAAUUCACCUGAAAAGCGCGCCACUCUUCUUAAUUCAUCUCCGUCACAUUUCCUCUAAACAGACCUAGCACUGAUUUGUGGUAAUCCUUCAAAAACAUUUCAUCGCCUGUUUUGCGUUGCAUUAUUCACUUCCCGGGGCCAUGAAAUCGUGCACGUUUUAGUCAGUCUCUUCAUAUAAAUAUUCAUAUUCAUAUAUAAAUAUUCAAUUCAUUUUGUUCUCUGCUCGCUCUUUCUGUGAGAGAAAGUGUCAGCUUGAGCAUGUUUAUUGAACCUUUUGUUCUAGGAGACGUUUAUUAAGUGUUUUUUUGGAAGGAGUCUUUAGUGUUAGCGGUAAAGAUACAACUAGCGCAGACUAAAGCUACAACCUUUUUCUAAAACAGAACAGCCUUCAGUACAGAAGACACGGUUUCUAGGUAACAUGUAUUUUUUAAUUUUUUUUUUUUAAUGAAAAAUUUUUUUUUCGGUCUUAUUAACUUCGAGACAGAAAAAAGCGAUGUCGGUGAGGGAAUUAACGUUUAUAGCUGCUUUAAUGUAAGUGAUAACAGGACUGAAACUUGUCUCACGUACGUUCCACAACAUUAAAUAGAACUAUUUCGAGUUUCGUCCUCAUAUCGUCUCAGGGAGUUCUUCCUUUGCCACCGUCGCCUCUGGCUUGUCCAUUAGGGAUACAGUUAUACAUUUAAAAUGUAUAUAUUUCUGUAAAGCGCUAUACAUGUACAAUUUAACUGAAUGGAAGUAUAAACAGAUACAAAUAUUAUGUGCCAUUCUUUAAUUAAUAAAUAAAAAAAAAGAUUUCAUUUUCCGCAAAUUGCUGUGCCGUAAGAGGAGUAAAUACUGCAGGACUUCCUGUUAUAUGAGAAUAAUAAACUUCGGGGUGGCUUCAUGCUUGGCCGCAUCACACCAUAGCAUCGUCGAUCGAUUAUUUGAAUAUAACACCACAGCGUAUUUCAUACUUACAUAUUCAAUGAUCAAAAAUGAUUAUUUUAAAGAAAAUGAUUGUACUGUGGCACUAAUACUGCUUUGUAAAACCUGGUAAAUUACAUACAAAUUACCCUGUAAUUUAAAAUGCAAAAAGCGUGUACCAGAAUUGAGUUGUAUUUUUUACGACGUGCGUAUUAAAUAUGCGGCGUUUACCACACUGUUAAAUAUAGUUCUUCUGUAAUAAUCCAGGAAGUGAAAAUGAUACUACUGGUGUGAUUAAAUUCAUAUAAAUAAAAUCUGCACACACGUUUUCAUUGUCUUCACAAGACAUCUCUAGGAAAGCCCACAUUAGCUUCUACUGUAGCUCUGUUGUUAAUUCUAGAUUCGAUGAGUCUGAUGGUGACGGUACUGAGAAGCCCCUGGUGUGGCGGUGUGCUGUGAGAUUUGCUGUGAGGACCGACAGGCUGGUGUGGUUUACGGAGACUUACUACUGGCGUGUAGACGUUAUAGAGCGUAAUUGCUCUGAUAUUGCUGCACAUGUUCACACAUUCUCUUCUGUUUCCACUGCGAGUGCCUAAUGCUGAUCUUAUCUCCUGUAUCUGUUCAAGUUAAUGCAUCAGUGAAUAAGUAAGAGCCUUUCCCGUUCACUGACCUCACAGUCCUAGAGGGUGCUGAUGAUCAGAUCUUCAAUGCGGGCAUCCGCGCAAGCGUUAUUAAAAACCUUUUAUGUCUACUGUAAAUAUAUAGGGUGCAGAAGGAGACGUCGUACAGUAGUACGUCUAUAUUUCACUUGGUUUGAACUUCUCUGAGACACUCUAGUGUCCAGAUGUGGUACUGCAAAAUGUCUUCUUAAAGGGUUAGGUCACUCAAAAAUGAAAAUUCUGUCAUCGCUCACCAUCAUUUCGUUCCAAACCCAUAAGACUUUCGUUUGUCUUCGGGACACAAAUGAAGACAUUUUUAAUAAAACUUGGGUGAUUUCUGUCCCUCCACAUCGACAUUCCAAGUAACCAAAACGUUCAAGCUCCAAAAAGCACGUCAAGUCAUCAUAAAAGUAAUCCAUGUGACUCCAGUGGUUUAGUCCCAGUUUUAUGAAGCGAUACGAAUGCACAGAUUGUUCUGUAUGACUCGGUUUGUGUACAGAGUCUCCGCUUUUGUGAGAACGUCCGCUCUCGCGAUACUGCGGGACCCGGAAGCGCUGCACUGUUUACAGCGGAGGAAAAUGGAUGCUUUACACAAACCGAGUCACGUAGAGCGAUCUUUGUAAUGAAGACGUCUGCGGAUUUUGUCUUUUUUUUUUUUUUUCUUUUCUUCAGCACAACACGCAUGCGUCGCGAUUCUCUCGUGAACGUGCAGGGGAGAUCUACGUGGAAGUGAAGAUAUUUUGUGAAUAAUGACUCAUUUUUCGUUUUUUUUGUGCACACAAAGCAUUCAUAUCACUUCAUGGAACUGGGAUUAAAGCACUGGAGUCACAUGGAUAUAAUAGGAUAUGAUUAGGAAUUUACUGAAAAAUUAGGGAAACCCGUGAUGUCUUUAUAGUUACAUAUAACCAAUCCUAAUGGAUGAAUAAGCAUUGAUUGAGCAUUGAUUUUUAUAUACAUAUCAGUACCUUCUAGGACUGUAGACUCCAACCUCUCGGUCACUGAUUUUCAUAAGUGCAUGAUGUGUAUUUUGCCUUUUUUUUGUGCAGAAUUUGUGUUGGGGCUUGUGGGUGAUUUUGGUUUAACUCGCUCUUGUAAACACGCUCGUGUUUGUCCAGUGCCUGUGCAUGUUGCGUUUCGUAUGUGUCCGUUCUCUGCCAUAUCUCUCAUACAUCUCUCUCUUUGUGUUUCUCCCUUGUUCCCUUCUCUUUGUCUGUUUGUUUUUUUUCUUUUCUGCUCUCUACAGAAUGCAGACAAGCUCUACAAGGGUCAGCUGUCGGAGUUUACCCCUCUGUCCUCUAUCCACACUCCACCUAUCCACAAACGGGGCGGUGAUGAGGAUCAAAGCCACACCCAUCGCAGGUCUGAGUCUUCCCCUCGUAA